AUGAAUACUCGUUUAACAAACAUUAUUCUACCCAUUGUUGCUUGUACUAUCUACGUAUGUUUCGAUUUUCUUUACCUUUAUCUAGCGAAAAAUCGUUAUGAACAAGUUGUUCGAAAUAUUCAAAAAGAUGAAAUGCAAAUUGAUGUAGUGGCCGUAUUAGUUUGCUAUGCAAUCAUGGCCCUUGGAUGGUAUCUAAUUACCGUACAAUUGGCUUUUGCUUAUUUUGAUAAACUUAAACAACGUAAACCAUCUUGGACACCAUUAUCAACAAGUGUUUUAAGUGGACUUGUAUCUGGUUUUCUCUAUGGGUAA